CUGUAUGCGAGUCGAAUUUAUCAGUCGACCGAAGUCGGUUUGAAGUGAUCUAGUUCGUCAGAAAAAGCACAGACCACGUUCACAAUGAAAUCGAUGGUGGUGUUCUUCGCUCUCGCCUCCGUGGCUUGUGGUUCCCUCAUCCCAUGGGCGCAACCUGCGCACCACGCUGCCGUGGUCCUGGACCCACACGGCCGCCCCCUGGAGACCGCUGAUGUGAUCAACGCCCGCGCCAUCCACCUGCAGGCUAAGGCCCUGGAAGGCCAUGGUGCCCUCCUGCACGGUGCCGUCGCCCCGAUUGCCGUCGCUCCCGCCGCCAUCGCUCACUCCGUGGUCGCUGCCCCCGCUGUGGUCGCCGCUCCCGCCGUAGUUGCUGCCCCUGCUGCCGUCUCCCACCAGUCCCGUGUGGACGUGCGCACCAGCCCUGCCAUCGUCACCGCGCACGCCGCUCCCGUCUUGGCCGCGCACAGCGCUUACGCCGCUCCUGUUUGGGGACACGCCGCUCACGGACUUGCCGCUCACGGCCAUCUCCUGAAGAAGCGCUCCCUGGGACACCUCGCAUACGCCGCUCCCCUUGUCGCCCACGCUGCCCCCGUUCUGGCCGCCGCUCCCUCCGCCGUGUCCCACCAGUCCCGCGUGGACGUCGUCUCUAGCCCUGCCAUCGUGUCCCACGCCGUGGCCGCGCCCGUCGUCGCGCACGCCGCAGUCGCGCCCGUUGUCGCCCACGCUGUCGCUCCCGCCGCUGUGUCGCACCAGUCCCGCGUCGACGUCCGCAGCAGCCCCGCCAUUGUAGCGCACGCUGCCGUUGCCCCCCUCGCGCCUCUCGCGCACGGUGUCUACGGUGGUGCCCUCGCGCACGGUGUCUACGGUGGUGCCCUCGCGCACGGCGUCUACGGAGGUGCGCUUGCGCAUUCCGGACUUCUUCAUUCCGCCCCCUUGGCCCAUGCCUGGUGAAGAGUGAAUAUGACGACCUAAGAUUAAUAACUUUAAACGAUAUCAUAAUUUAUAAAUAAAAAAUAACAUAAAAAGAAACCGUGAAAUACGA